AUGAACAUCGCACAUAUUUCAGAGCCACAUGAAAUUAACGAACAACACCAUAUCAAGAACCAGCUCCACUGGAGGACAAGCUUCAAUUGCCUUGCUCCAUUAAUUUCAAUUGCAUUACCAAUGCUCAUCCACUUCAUCUUUGAAGAGGAUCGUUUCGAAGAGAAUCCUUUCCUCAGACUCAUCACUGUACUCCUUCCCCUUUCAUACUCAGUAAUACAGUAUUCUGCACUACUCCACACCAACUGGAAGGAAAGCACCAAACCAGAAGAUACCACACAUAAAGCACUCCAUUACAUCCUCAACCUUCUACUUCUUACAUUUGUCGUCAUCUCCAUUUUUUCAAUCACUGUAUUCACCCUUGAUAAAUGGGACUAUGCAGCCUCAUUCUUCUAUUCUAUUGUUCUCCCUUCCCUCCUUAUCCCACCUGUCUAUCUCUUCUCCACCUCCUGCUCUUUUAUCUCAGGACAAAUUGGAUUCAGAGAUACCGGUACCGACAUCUUUAUCGACAUUCUGAUAUUAAUAUGUGAUAUAGUUAACGUGGUACUUGUGUAUAAAGAAUCCGAGUUCCUUUCCGUCUUCUGCGGUCUUAUCCCAGGGCAAACCGGAUUCACGGGCACUGGUACCAACAUCCUUAUCAACACCCUGGUAUCAGUAUUCGAUAUAGUAAAUAGGGUGCUUGUGUAUAAAGAAUCCAAGUACUAUCUUUAUUCCGCAAUCAUACUUUUCGUCUUCAUCCUGAUACGGAUACUCACAGAGAAGCACUGCCCAUCUGGAAAGAAUUCUUUGCUUACUGCACCGUGGAGAAUAGCUGUUUUUGUCUCCAUCCUUAUCCUUGCUAUACUUGUCUUCACGCUUAUAGUACAUGUAUCUAUAAAAGUCUUGAAUGAUCAUUUAAACCUACCCGGCGAGCUAAACAGUCUCCGACUGCCAAAAGCUGAUGAAUAA